AUGAACGGCCACUUCCCCCCAGGGCCUCCUCCACCUGCUGCAGCAGUACCAUGGCAGGAAUUCCGCAGUCCUGAUGGACGAGUGUACUAUUACAAUGCAGCCACUAAGGCGACUCAGUGGACAAAGCCAGAGGAGCUUAUGUCCCCGGCAGAGCGCGCUCUCGCGAAUCAGCCUUGGAAAGAAUACACCGCAGAAGGAGGCCGAAAAUACUGGUACAACACCGAGACGAAGCAAAGCUCCUGGGAGAUGCCAGAUGCUUACAAAAGAGCGCUCGGAUCGACGGGAACCCCAACAACCCCUGCGACACCUUCCUUUCCCACUCCUGGUGGAAAUAGCGGAUCUGCAAGAGAAUCAUACGAUUCGGGACGAGAACAGCGUGAAGUCAUCGGCGAGUCUCGACAACUAACUUACGGUAACGAUUUACGUGCCCAACAGUUCGUCCCUGCGAGUAACGAACCGGAAUAUGCUACCGCUGAAGAAGCCGAGGCUGCUUUUAUCAAGCUGCUUCGUCGAAGUGGUGUUCAGCCUGACUGGUCAUGGGAGCAGACUCUUCGUGCAAUUGUCAAAGAUCCGCAGUAUCGUGCUAUCAAAGACCCGAAGGACAGAAAGGCUGCAUUCGAGAAGUACUGCUACGAUGUCGUUGUCCAAGACAAAGAACGAGCAAAAGAAAGACUGACUAAGCUACGUACUGACUUCGCGACCAUGCUGAGGAGCCAUCCUGAAAUCAAACAUUACACGCGUUGGAAGACAGCUCGACCCAUAAUUGAAGGCGAAACCAUCUUCCGGUCAACCAAUAACGAGAAUGAGCGGCGGCAGCUCUUCGAGGAUUAUAUUCUCGACCUGAGGAAGGCGCAUAGAGAGCAGCAAGCAUCACUUCGUAAGAGCGCGAUGGACGGCCUGAUCGAACUUCUACCGAAGCUCAACCUGGAGCCAUAUACGCGGUGGUCCGAGGCGCAAAGCGUCAUCUCGGCGACCGCUCCUUUUCAAAAUGAUGAGAAGUAUAAAGUCCUUAGCAAGUUUGAUGUCCUGACUGUAUUUCAAAAUCACAUGAAGGCUGUAGAACGCACUUUCAACGACUCUAGACAGGAGGAAAAGGCCAAGAAACACCGAAAAGAACGCCAGGCUCGCGACGGAUUCGUUUCGCUCCUCCGUGAAUUGAGACGAGCGUCUAAGAUCAAAGCUGGCACGAAAUGGAGCCAGGUCUUCCCUCUCAUCGAAAAAGAAGACCGCUAUCGCGCGAUGAUAGGCAUUGGCGGUUCCACUCCUCAGGAGUUGUUCUGGGACAUCGUCGAGGAAGAAGAGCGUGCCUUGCGAGGCACCAGAAAUGACGUGAUCGAUGCUCUUUAUGACAAACGUUUUGAGGUUACCCCUAAAACGGACUUCCAAGAUUUCCUUGCGAUUGUGAAAGAGGACCGACGCACUGCUAACAUUGAUCGAGAUAUCCUGAAGUUGAUUUUCGAAAGGCUUCAAGAAAAGAAGACAAAGCCUUCCGAGGAGGAUCGGCAAUCUGAGCGCAAGCAGCGUCGGGCCAUUGAUGACCUACGAUCCUUCCUAAAGCGUCUAGAGCCUCCUAUUACUGUGAAUGACACGUACGAAGAGGUCAAACCCCGUUUACAGAAGAGUGAGGAAUUCCAAGCCGUUGCUUCGGAAGAUGAUCGUCGUGGCGCUUUUGACAAGCAUAUCCGACGACUGCGGGAGAAGGAAGAUGAGGCUGAAAGAGAUCGUCAAAGGCGCCGCGAUCGCGGUGCUCGGGAUGAUCGUGACUAUCGGGAAAGAGACAGAGGUGAGAGAUCUCAUCGUAGUGGACGUACUAGGUCCAGUCGCAGUCCCGAGAUCGAUCCGUAUGAGGCCGAUCGGCGCAAAGCUAUGGCUGAAAGAGAGCGCAAUUACCGCAAGACCAGCAUAGCGGACGGUCUCCUGUCCGACCGCAGGUCUUCUGAUGGACAUUUCGAACGCCACGACCGCGAGAGAGAACGGGAUCGCGACCGGGAGCGCGAUCGUGACCGUGACCGAGUCCGAGAUCGCGAGAGAGAGCGUGAACGGGAUCGGGAUCGGGAUCGAGAACGAGAACGAGAUCGAGAACGCGACCGCGACUACGACCGCCCGCCUCGCUCACGUCGCGAUGAGCCCCCUAGCUAUUACGAUCGCGAACGCCGUGAUCGCGAAGAAGAGCGUGAGAGACUCUAUCGACGCCGCGUUGUUGAAAAGGACAUUGACGAUCUCCCAUAUGGUGACGAGAAGCCAAGUGGUUCCAGAAGACGGCGCGCCGAGGAGGACGAUCGCGAUCAGAAUGAAGAGAGAAUUUUCACCCCGUGA